AUGGAGAACAUAGCUGAAUCAUCAAGAGAAGCUGCUGAAAGCAAAAUUCUUACGAAACGUAUAGCAGAUAAGACUGGUCGUGACAAUGAUUGGGAACGAUUGAGUAGAUUACUGCUUACUAAAGCCGCAGAAUUACAUCUAGCACUACUUGAACAAACAUCAUAUGAAUAUGAUAAAGUACUUUAUUAUAAUCAACUUGGAUUUGUUAAGUAUAGCCAACGUGAUUAUGAAAAGACUAUUGAAUAUUACGAGAAAGCACUUGAAAACGGUCGAAAAACUCUUCAUGCAAAUCAUCCUGAUCUGGCAAAUAAUAUUUCACGUAAUCGUAUUGAUGAAUUAUUGCGAACAUUACAUUUCAACAACAACACUUUGAAUGCUGAAAAAAGUGAUAAAAUUCAACCAUUACUUGAUAUAUUUAAUGAACGUUCUAAAGCAUUAGUUCAUCAAGAAGAAUAUAUAGCUAUCGACGAACAAAUGGUAGGGUAUAAAGGAAAAACUGCUCCAACAUCUUUAAAGCAGUAUAUGCCUAA